AUGGCUGUGUGGGAAAUUGAGAGCUUACCAGAGGGCUUGUCAUCUAUCCCUGAAAACCACAGUGCAUCAUCAAUGCGGGAAGGCCUAAUAUCUUGCAUAUUUUUCAUGGCAGCAGUGAGGCAGAUCAUAAGCUCACCCCAAGAAAUUCCAUCUUCUGUAACUGCAGCAGUGAGCAUACCAUCCUGUAAUGGAGAAGAUUCCUCUGAAGGUAGAAUAAUUAUUGAAGAUGAAGGUUCCAGUGAAGGCCAAGAUGUAGGAUUGUGUCCUGUUGUUGUUCUGGCUGAUGACAACACUGACAUUGAGACAGAGUUUGAUGAAUUGCCAACAAAGUCUAUCCUGGUUCACAGGGCCCAGCUAAGACAGGACUUCAUUAUGGAGAACCCAACAGAGGAAAAUUUAAAGGAAAUAAUUUUGGAAUUACCACAUCAAGAGAGUGUAAAAACCAAGGUAUGGGACCCAUUGUUGGUCACCCAUUAUUACCAUCUUCAAGUAAUUAAUUAAGACCCCUGAUGACUUAUCUAAGUUGUAUAAAGAGCGAAAACCAUCACCAAAGAAGGUUGUUCAGCUCUUAGAAGCAAGUCCAUCUAGUGAUGCAGAAAGACGCUGCUUUGACCACCUUAAAAGGUAUUUAAAAUCCCUGGAAGGGAAUAUCAGCACUUUUCUUAGAUUUCUUACGGGAAGUGACAUACUGAAUUGCAGUACAAUAAAGGUAACAUUUAGUAGCUUGGAUGGUCUUACACGUAGACCCGUGGCUCAUACAUGUGGCCCUGUUUUGGAGAUUCCAAGUACUUACCAGUCAUAUAAUGAACUCGUUGAAGAGUUCUCCUGUAUUCAACAGUUUCUCUUAGCUUACUGUUUGGUACAUUUCAUACCAUUGUGGCUUUUUAGACUAGAUGUCAAUACAAAGGUGGAGUUCUUGUUGAUGUAAAACAUUCAAGUCAUUUUAUUUUGUUGAUGCUUUACAGUUUUUUUGGUAUGUUGUAAGCCACAUUUCUCACCACUGUUGUAACUUUUGAGACCUAAUGGUAAUAAAAAGUUGGAGUUGUUGUUUCUGAUAACUGCUCACCACCACCUCCCCAACAUGGAAAAGAUUUAAAUACACAGACAACAACCCACAGCAGGUAGCAAAAAUACUGCUCUUUAAAAGGUGAUCAAGGUUGACUGUACUACAUUUCAUUUGUUGUAUUCAUUUCCAGAACUUGAGAGUGUUUUUCUCAAAUUGGAAUUCCUUUUCUUUUCCUGUACUUAACUUAAUAAUUUAGAUUUAUUACAUAUGCAACAAGGUUUUAGUCAUGGAAUAUAAAAUCCUUUGAAAUUU